CUUGAAGAUGGUUUCGAGGAAGAACUCGACGAUGAUGACGAAGAACUUGACGAAGAAGAACUAGAAGAUGAUUUCGAAGAGCUUGACGAAGAGCUUGAAGAUGGUUUCGAGGAAGAACUCGAUGAUGAUGACGAAGAACUUGACGAAGAAGAAGAACUAGAAGAUGAUUUCGAAGAGCUUGACGAAGAGCUUGAAGAUGGUUUCGAGGAAGAACUCGAUGAUGAUGACGAAGAACUUGAUGAUGGCAACGACGACGAGGAAGAAGAGCUAGAAGAUGAUUUCGAAGAGCUUGAGGAAGAAACCGGACACAGAGUAACGGCGUUAAUCAAAGAGGUAGAGACAGUUGGAACUAACUCGGUUUGA